AUGAGAAGCCAUCAACUCGAAGAGGGACUUUCAGUAAUCAGUUCAGUCUAUGACCCUCUUGGGUUCGCAGCCCCAUUUAUUCUUCCCGUGAAGAUAUUGAUGCAACAUCUGUGUCGACGAAAGUUGGGAUGGGAUGACCUAAUUGAGCCCGACGAUAUGGCACGCUGGAACACUUGGUUGAAGGAAUUGCCAAAGAUCGAACAGCUUCGCGUCCCAAGAUGUAUCAAAUCCUACUACGUCAAUCCAAUAGUUCAGACGCAGUUACACAGUUUCGCAGACGCUUCGCGACGUGGAUAUGGGGCAGCGAGUUAUUUGCGCUUUGAAGAUUCGAAAGGUAACAUCCACUGUUCGUUCGUGAUGGCUAAGUCAAGAGUGGCUCCUCUAAAGGAAACAACCAUUCCACGACUGGAAUUAUCCGCUGCUGUGGUUGCGACAAGACUCGACAAGAUGAUACGAAACGAAAUCGAUAUUGAAAUCCAUGCCUCCAUCUUUUGGACAGACAGCACCUGUGUUCUGGGGUAUCUGAAUAACACAAGCAAGAGAUUCCAGACAUUUGUUGCGAACAGAGUUGCCACCAUUCAUGAAACAACCACGCCUGAGCAAUGGAGACACGUGACCAGUGAAGAGAACCCCGCUGAUGACGCCUCACGAGGAUUAUCUGCAGAUUCCUUGUUACGCAGUAAUCGUUGGUUGAAUGGUCCCGAAUUUUUAUGGAAACCAGAGAAUUAUUGGCCAUGUCAAAUCAACCUGGCCGUUGCAGUCAGCGAUGACGACCCAGAAGUCAAGAAGAAUGCCCAAGCCUUCUCUAUUGAAGAUAGUUCACACGCCACAGUUGAAGGAAUUAUCGAGAGAUUUUCGUCAUGGGAGAAGCUGAAAAGAUUCGUUUCAUGGAUACUUCGAUAUCGUGCCAAUUUAUCGAAGGCUGUCAUGAGAGCUAAGACUAACAGAAACUCGGAUUAUUCGACUCCAGACUUCAGACCCCUCGACCUGGAUGAAAUGCAGCAUGCAGAAAAGGAAAUUUUAAAAUAUAUUCAAGGAAGAAGCUUUCAAGAGGAGUUAGCUCGUCUUAACUCCGUUGAUGACCAGUCAGCAAAGUCGUUGAAAGGCCAAGUUAAGAAAGCAAGUCCCAUCUACAAACUUGACCCUCGGUUGAAGGAUCAACUCUUGCGAGUCGGAGGACGCCUAACGAAUGCCCCCAUCUCGGAGGAACGGAAACACCCCAUCAUCCUACCAAAGAAUUGUCACAUUUCCACCUUGAUUGCAAGGUAUUACCACCGGUUAGCGAGGCACAGUGGUUUAGAACAUGUUCUGUCCUUGAUCAGAGCGCGCUACUGGAUGAUCGGAGCGAGGAAGACCUUAAAAAAGAUGCUAAACAGCUGUGUGGAUUGCAAAAGAAGACAAGCAGCAGCAGGUGAACAAAAAAUGGCGGACCUCCCAGAGCAUCGAGUCACGCCAGAUAAGCCGCCGUUUACCUUCGUUGGGGUGGACUGCUUUGGUCCAUUUGUUGUGAAAAGAGCACGUAGCCUGGUGAAGAGAUAUGCCGUUUUAUUCACUUGCUUAACCAUCCGAGCUGUUCACAUUGAAGUGGUGCAAAGCCUCGAUACCAGUUCGUUUCUCAACGCAUUGCGUAGAUUCAUCGCCAGAAGGGGACAACCUGAAGUCAUUAGAUCUGACAAUGGCACUAAUUUUGUCGGCGGAGAAAGAGAAAUUCACAGUGCAAUCGAUGAUUGGAACCAACAGAAAAUUCAACGAUUCCUCCUGCAGCAAAACGUCAAGUGGAUCUUUAAUCCUCCCUCAGGAUCUCACCAUGGUGGAGUUUGGGAGCGCUGCAUCCGAACUGCCCGUAAAAUAUUGUUGGCCCUUUUAAAGCAACAGACUGUGGAUGAUGAAUGCCUUACAACUGUUAUAUGCGAGGUUGAAUCCAUUAUGAACAGCAGACCAUUGACAAAGGUAUCUGACGACCCAAAUGACCUAGAAGCCUUGACGCCAAAUCAUUUGCUUCUUUUACGCCCGGGACCAUCGCUACCCCCAGGAGUUUUCCAAGAAGCUGAUUUGUAUUGUAAACGUCGAUGGAGACAAGCUCAAUAUCUCUCGGAUGUUUUUUGGCGCCGCUAG